AUGGCAACCGACUCUCCCAAUCAGCAAGCCGCCUCCGCCGCUCUUACCGAACAUUUUGACAGCUUGGAGGGUCAGGUCUCCACCCGUUUGGAGGAAGUCACGACGUCAGUAGCUGACCUCUCAGCCUCCCACCGCGCGUACGCCGAUCGGGUUGAUCUCCUGUCCUCCGACCAAAACCCACGUCGACGUGCUUUGGAUUUUUCCGGUGUUACUCCACCUUCCACCUCGCAGGUGGCAGCAGCAAAUGUCACUCCGCGAGAUUCUUUCCCACCUCAAAUCAAUAAGCAAACCGCGCCACCGCUGGUUGGCGAUGGCCACACUCCGGUUCAUCCUGGUUCCGCCAGAUCUUCCGAGUGCAACACUUCAGCUCCGGAUAUCUUUCGAGUGAUCGAGGAGUCGAGACGAACUCCUUUUUCCGAUCAAAUAGCCCGAGUCCGCAUCAAAGAUACUGGCAAAAUUAAGUUCUCGAGCUACGAAGGAAAAGGGGAUCCGACCAAUCAUCUUAAGACCUUCUUGUUGACAGAUAGCCGGGUGGACCUCGAGCCUCACGAAGCAGACGCUGGGUACUGCAAGCUGUUCGCAGAAACAUUUUGUGGACCGGUACUACUUUGGUUCGCGUCUUUAGCAGCCGGCUCAAUAACAAAUUUCAUNGCAGCCGGCUCCAUAACAAAUUUCACCGAGCUGUCAACCUCGUUCGUCAAGCAGUAUUCAAGCCUAAUCAAAACCGCGGUGACAGAUGCUCAGCUUUGGAACUUAAGCCAAAAGGCUGGGGAGUCUCUCCGGUCUUACAUAACAAAGUUCAAGGAGAUCCAGGUCAAGAUUCCAGGACUCUCGGACUCCACAGCCCUGGCCGCGCUUAAGAACGGCCUCUGGCACGAAUCUCGCUUCCGCGAAGAGUUGUCCGUGAAUCGGUUCCCAACCAUUCAGGACGCGUUACACCGAGCAUCGAACUGGAUAGUCGCAAAGGAAGACAAAAUCGCCGCUGCGCAGAAACAAAACGCUCCGCCUAUAGGAAAACCACGGUUCGAAGCGCCCGCCAAAAAGACUCCGCCUACGACUCCGAAGUCCGGGCCAAGCACGUUCGCAGUCACUCAAUCUCCUAAAAAGAAUUCUCCAAAGAAUUCACCGUCUAAACCUCCAUUCUCACCGCGCUCCAAGAGUGGUGUACUCCCGAGUAACAAGUGGGUCCGAGAUGAGGACACGUACUGCGAGCUCCACAAAACCAACAGUCAUUCCACUCGUGACUGCAAGAAGCUGAUGCACCUCCUCGCAGAAAAGUAUGUGGCGGGAGAAAUGCCAAAUGUAACAAUCGAGGAGUUGGAGCAGAAAGCGACUCCCGAGGUGGACGAAGAUGCUCCACCUUUAAAGAAACCGAAGCAGUCCGAUGGCAAUGAAACCCCCAAGAAAAGAAUCGACGUGAUAAUGGGGGGAUCGCGCCUCUUUCGGAACUCCAUCACUACGAUCAAAGACCAUCAGCGGAAGCUUACCAGCCCCCAGCCGAAGCGAGCUAAGGUCGCAGCAAGCGAUCUACCUAAAGUUUCUUUCUCCGAGAAGGAAACUGAGGAGCUGGACACUCCGCACGAUGAUGCACUCAUCAUUUCACUUGACGUGGUGAACCACGAAGUCUGCCGAAUCCUAAUUGACACUGGGAGUUCGUUAGACUUGAUUUUCCUCGAGACGCUCUCUAGAAUGGGUAUUGGGAAAGAACACAUCGUAGGACCGCCCUCACCUUUGGUCUCGUUCACUAGCGAGACGUCAAUGUCCUUGGGCACGAUCACACUACCGGUGUCCACUCAAGAAGUGGUUAAAAUGGUGGAGUUCACAGUUUUCGACCGACCUGCGGCCUAUAACGUUAUUUUGGGAACUCUCUGGCUCUACCAGUUGAAGGCAGUGGCCUCGACGUACCAUCAGUGCGUCAAAUUUCCGACCCCGCAAGGAGUCCGGGAGAUUCUAGGAAGCCAAAGGACGACAACGAGCUGCUAUCUCGCAAGUCACAAGCUCCUGGUUCAAUAG